ACAGUAAUAUAAUACACGAUUUUAACACUUUGUUUAAUCCUAAUAUCCAUUCCGUUUAUGAGUGACGUAAUAUGUAAUGUUCAGGAUCAUGAAGCUCUUUUUACUUAGUAGUUGGAUAAUUAGUAUUUUCAUUUUUUUCCCUGCGUAUUGUAAUUAUUUCCCUUUAAUGUAUUGCCAGUGUAAAAUCCCCCCAAAAAGCGGAAGAAGGAACAAGAUCCUAAUUUGUGAUCUUGUUAAUGAGUAACUGUGUGAUAAGUCAGUUGCUCACAAACCAACGACGCAUCGUUGGUCUUGUGAUUUGUGUCGAAUUGUGAGUGCACCCUUGCACAGAGCCUGAUCAUUGUUACAUGCAUCUGCGGGGUGAAGGUGCAAGAAAACUGGAUACCGUUGAGUCAACCCGAACUAUGGAACUGUCACUGGCUCACCCAGCUGUCAAAGCCUUCAUGUGUGGGGCUCUGAGCGGAACCUGCUCCACGCUACUUUUCCAGCCCCUCGACUUGGUCAAGACACGUCUGCAAACCUUGCAGAACAGCGUGGAGCCUGGUUCUGGUCGUUUAGGGAUGAUGAGGAUGAUCCUGAAUGUAGUGCGGACAGAGAGGCUGCCGGGACUGUGGAAAGGAGUUUCACCGUCGUUAAUGAGGACCAUCCCUGGUGUGGGGCUCUACUUCAGCACUUACGGCUCCUUAAAGCAACACUUCUUCCAGGACAAAAACCCCACGGCCUUGGGAGCAGUUCUGCUGGGAGGCGGGGCCAGGGCGGUGGCUGGGGUCCUCAUGUCGCCUGUGACCGUCAUCAAGACUCGAUAUGAAUGCGGCAGGUUCCGUUACGAGAGCGUCACCGGGGCUUUGCGCAGUGUGUGUCGGACUGAAGGUCCUGCGGCGCUCUACUCUGGCCUGAUGGCCACUAUGCUCCGAGACGUUCCUUUCUCUGGAAUCUACGUUAUGUUCUACAGCCAGAUGAAGAGCAAUUUGCCAAACGAGAUCAGCGUGUCUGCUUUUGCCCCCCUGGCUAACUUCAGCUGCGGGAUCCUGGCGGGGGUGUCUGCGUCGCUCGUCACUCAACCUGCCGAUGUGGUCAAAACACUCGUCCAAGUGAACCCCCAGUUGAGCACGAUCGACGCGGUUAGAUUCAUUUAUGUGGAACAUGGACUUGAAGGCUUCCUAAGAGGGGCGUUGCCACGCUGUCUUCGGAGGACGAUGAUGGCCGCCAUGGCGUGGACCGUGUAUGAGCAAAUGAUGGCAUAUCUCGGACUGAAAACAUGAAAAGGAAAGGUCGAGGUCAAGUUGGUAGACGUCAAAGAAGAGAUGCAGUUGCUCAUAAUGUGUCACAAGUGUAUCUUGUUGCCCUCAACGAUGGCGUUGCACUUUACACAAGAGCUCGUAAAAGGUGGACACUCAGGAACGUGUUCAUCGGGGAUUAUGGCUGAAGUUGGUUGAACAAAUACUAAUCUAAUGAGUAUUUUUGGUUGCGCUUUCAGGUCGAUCACAUUUUAGAAAUUGCUCAGUGAGCAUCUUAUUUGUAUUUUGUCAGCGCUGUAGUCUAGACCAGUGGCUCAAGAAGACUAACCGCCUAUGUUGAAAGAAAAAAAAUAUUUUAAUGCUUUGUUUUUUUUGCUUACUAUGACACUUUGUAAUACCUCAUCACAGUAUUUAUAGUAUUUUUAUAAUACAAAUCUUCAAAGUUGAUAGUGACGUGUGCUUCUUAACCUGCUCUUAAAUGCUGUAAAUGAUUAAACUGAAGGCGUCUACUUAACAUCAAGACCUGAAGCAUGACCUAUGCUGCUGUGCAGAUACGGCAGUUAUGUCAUAGGGGCAUGGACCAUGGUGGCAUAAUACAUUUGGUCUUAACCUUGGCUGAUAAAGAAAAUAUGAAUGAAAUGUGAAUUUUUAUGUACUUCCUAAGAAAGAGGUUUUGCAUUAAACCCCACAUUUAAUGGAGCAUAUUUCACAUGAUGUCUUAAUUCAUGACAUAAAUGGCUGAUGGUGUACUGUAGGGAGAGGCUAAUUAUUGAGCAUCAUAAAAAUCUAAAACCUCAUUGAUAAGCAGGGCAGGGCAGUCGUCUUGAUAGUCCUGUAUGGCCUGAUCAGCACUCAUUUAUUCAUCAGUAUAUUUUUGUCUGAUUAUUGAUACCGUUGAUUUUUUUUUUGAAGCGUAAACUUAAAUGCCAUGGAAUAAACUACUACCUUAAAUGUC